UUUCCAUUAAUAUAUGGUUUACUAAAUAAAUCCCUGGAGAUUUGUGGGACGUGCUGUCACACAAGAAUAUUUUUUAAAUGCUUUGUAUUGCUUUAUAUAUAAUACGUAAUGUAAUGUAAGGGAGUAUAUUGAAAUAUGUGAUUUUCAUCGUCUCUUGAAAAUCCUUCCUUGCAACCCAAAGCUCAUGCAUGACGUUCAUAGACUGGAGAUAAAGGAGUAAAGAAAUGAAAAUUGAUAAAGGAAGAGCCUCAUAGUGAUCCAGAAGAUGAGGCAAUGAGGGAUGUGCAAAUGUCAAGAAAUCAAGAGGAGCCAGAUUCAGAUGAGGUUGAGGUGACUGAAGAGAGUGGUUUGAACCAAAGUCAUUCUGGACAGGAGCAGAUAGGUGCAAGCCCAAAGCUGGAGUGCAAUGGGCACUUUCUUGCCGAAGUCUCUGGAAAAGCACCUUCUCCAUAUCUUUAUGCCAGCAGAAUCUGUGAAAAAGAUGUGGCAGAAAAGAUUCAGACAGGGGAGUAUAUUGUUGUUCGAAAGGAAAGAUCAAGAAGCAAGGUUUGGGAGAGGUUUGCUUCUAUUUAUGAUGCCGAUAGAAAGAGAUAUAUGGGAUAUGUUCAGUGUACAAUCUGUGGAAUUUUACUGACCAUGAAGUUGGGUUCAGGGACAACACAUCUGUCACGUCAUGUAUGCAAAAACGAUGGAUUGUCAGGGGCAAUGUCUGUUAAUGUUAGUGUUAAAGUCAGCGAUGAGUUAACAGAAAGUUGUUUGAAGAAAUGUAUUGAAAUGUGUGUCAGGGACCUUGUGCCAUCAUCCACAGUGUCAGGAACAGGUUUUAGAAAUCUUUGUCAAGAACUAGUGAAAAUCGGAGCUGCACAUGGAAAUGUUAAUGUUUUACGUUUGUUACCAUCUGCUGAUACAAUAUUAAAGCAUGUGUCUAGUUUGGCUGCUCACUUACGUGAAAGCCUCCUACCAGAUAUUCGUAAGGCAGUACUUGAUGGGUUGUGUGUAAUGGAUAUUUGGACAGAAAGAGUGCAGGAUACGAACCAUGCUAUUGUGACUAGCCAUUACAUUUCAGACGAUUGGAAGAUUUGCAGACAUUUGUUAAUUUCCUUUGAAUUUCCACAUGAAGAAACUUUUGAUAACCAAUACACUCUUAGAAAAUUCCUUCAAUUAAAAUCGUCUAGCAUUGAUCUUCCUGCAGAAAUUAUGAAGAAAUUGAUGUACGUUACAAGUGAUCCAUAUGAUUACUACAGUGAAUCAUUAGAUGCAUUUCAUUUCAACAAUUCUCAUAUACUUUGUGCAGCCAGCUAUAUUAGAGCUACUAUUCGAAAGACAUUCGCUGACAAUGAAAUUGAAUACUUGUGGCCUGAAAUCUGGGCAUGUGUGCACGCUGGAAAGUUAAUUAUGCAUUACCUAAUAAACAAUGGACUACAGGAACAGCUGAAUGUCAUGAUUCAACAAUCUCUGCCUUCUUGUUGGAAUUAUUCUUUAUUUGUACUGGAAAUAGUUUUUAGUAAUUAUGAAACUAUUCAUCACAUCUUCACUGAGAAGAUGGAAAUUGCAACUCUACGCCAUUGGAAUAGACAACUCAUGUCUGAAAUUGUUCCUUUUCUUAUGAAAUUUAAGGAAGUAAUCAUUGAGCUUCAAAAUCAUACUUAUCCUACAUUACAUCUUGUCUUGGUACAUUAUUUUGAACUCAAAAAUUUGUGUACUCCAUCUGCCUCAGAUCAUCCGGAAACUGUUAAAAUGAAACUGGAAAUUCUGGGAAGCCUACUUAAAUAUAAAAUAGUCAAGGAGCAUUAUAUUGCUACAUUUCUUUGUCCACAUACACGACUUCUAAAACAGCUCGAUGCUACGACAAAGGGGCAAGUACAUCAACAUGUUCGAAAUAUGUGCACUGUUAUUAGUGGUGCCACUCAAAAUGCUUCUUAUCCGCAACCUGCGAAAAAAAGUCGUUUUGGAUCAUGGAACCAAUAUGAAGAGGAUGAUGGAACUUCUUUGGAUGAAGUUCAUUUGUAUCUGGCUACUGGAAAGCAAGAAAGUGAAGACCCAAGUGACUUGUUGUCAUGGUGGCUAGAAAAAGCAAAGACAUUCCCAAAGCUUUCACAAAUUGCUCGAAAAGUUCUUUGUAUACCUGCUACAUGUUCUCCAUAUGGACAGUUCUCCAAUUUCAAUGCAAUGCUUGCUGUGAAAGACAAGUGUUUCGCCUAUGACCAACUGAAUGAUUUGCUUUUCAUCCGUAAUAAAAUAAUGGCUAACAUCUCGCAGGAGCAAGUUGAGAGCAACGUUGAAGAGAAGAAGUCUCACUAGAAGAGACAAUAAUUGGUUAAUAUUUUUUUUAUUUUACAACAAUUAUUGAAAAUAUAAUCUUACUGUUAUUGAUUUUUUUUCUUGCCUGCAAGAGGUAACAUGAUUUUCCAGAUGCAAAGAAAAGUUGAUGGGUCGAAAUGACCCAAACACUUUAAUUCCUGUUUCCACUCUUAUAGAAUGAAUUCAUUUUGCUACUUGUAUUUAGUUAGAUAUUUAUGUGUAUUUUUUAUAAUUAAUAUGUUUACUUAAUUUUUCAAAUGACUAAUUUAUUUGCGGCCUAUAUUUAAUGUUUCCAACACAAAAUUUGAGUUAUUUUGAGACGUUUUUGGUUGAUAUGUAGAAAUUUAAAUAGAAGGUAUUAUAAAAUAAUUUGUAAGUACACACGGAAACAUAAUAUUUCUUGAUAUUAAAGUCACUUGAGUAGCAAUAAAGAAAGAUCAUCCCCCCUGAAGAUAAAUAAUUUUUAAAGAUUUCUGCACAUCGCAAUUUGUUAGCAUUUGGAAAAGUCA